CCCCUCGAUCAUUUUUCUUGUUUUGCCUCGAUUCUCAGUAAGAAAGCAAUGGGAAUUCGUCGUAGCAGGAGACACUAGCCGGGGUUGAGAAGCGCAGUCAUGAUGCAAAGCCAUCUCCACCAACUCCAGCAGCAGCUAACCUCCCUACUCUCCGCCGCCCUUCCUCAACCCCCCAACGAUUCGCUCUCCUCCCAAUCCUCUCUAGAACCAGCGGUAUCCGGGAGAGGGAUCGACGACUCAGCCCGCAUCGCCGCCCUUGACUCGCUUCGACUCGCCGUCUUAUACCCACCUAACGCCCUUCUUCUCCCGCACUGCUCCCAUUUCCUAUCCCAGGGCCUCUCCCAGCUUCUAUCAGACAAGUCAUAUGGAGUUUGUCAGGCAGCGGCGAUGUCCUACGCAUCUCUCUGCGCGGUAUUGGCUUCUUCCGCUUUGUCAUCCAAUGGUCUUCCCAACCACGUCCAUGUUCAUGUGCAGGUUCUGGUGGAUAGGUUUCUUGCUUGGGUUCUUCCGUUGCUUCAGGGCUUACCCGUUAGAAAUGGUUCGGCUGAAUUGGCAAUGAGUAGUCUUCGGCAGUUCCUUAGCGCUGGGGAUGCGGUUGGCAUUGAAAGAUAUGUUCCAUCUAUUCUUAAAGCUUGUCAGGAGCUGCUUGAGGAUGAGAGAACCUCUUUGAGUUUGUUGAACCAGCUUCUGAGUAUUCUGACUUUGGUCUCUUUGAAAUUUGCCCACUGUUUCCAGCCCCAUUUUAUUGAUGUGGUGGACUUGCUUCUAGGUUGGGCUUUUAUGCCCGACCUCUCUGAUUCUGCCAGAUGCUUGCUUAGUGACAGUUUCUUGCAGUUUCAGAACCAUUGGCUAAGUAAUUUGCAGUUUUCUUUAGGCUUAUUAUCGAAGCUUGUGGGUGAUGCGGAAGUUCUAAUCCAUGAUGUAAGUGUUGAGACCGCGUCACAGCUUGGAAGGUUGCUUUCUUUUUUCUCUUGUUUCUCCGCAAUUCUUCAGGCAACUGCUAAUGGCGUUUUGGAGAUGAAUGUCCUUGGACAGAUUAGUGAACCGCUUGAAAACCUGACUCCGCAGUUGUUGAGGUGCAUAUUGAUGUUUGGAAGGAAGUUUGGAUGGUCUAAAUGGAUGGGGUCUUGGAGAUGUUUGAUUAUUUUGGCUGAAAUACUGAAUGAGAAGUUUUCCCAGUUUUAUCCUAUGUUUGUUGACAUAUUUUUUCACAACUUGAGUGGAGUUCCUUCCUAUCAGGUGCUUGGAUUGCUGAAGACAAACUUGCAGUUGCUGUCUCUUCAAAAGCUGGGCCUCCUUUCUUCAUCUGUGCAGAUUCUGCUGCAAUUUCACUCACCUCUGUCUCAUCUGCGGUUGCACCCGAAUCAUUCUGUUGUUGCAAGCGCAGCUGCCACUUACCUUUACUUUCUCAAGCAUGAUUGUGACAACAUUGUUUCUCAGGCAGUCACCUCCUUGUUUGAGGAGCUGGAACUAUUAAAAAGAAAACUCGCAGAACUUCAACAACCAAUGGUAGAUUCUGGUGCAAUUCAGCUGGAUACUGGAACUGGUGACAUUCACAAGACAAACUUAGGCCAUGGGAGACAAUAUUCAGAGCUUGAUUUACUUUCAUUGAUCAAAUUUGAUUUGAAGGUGAUAAUUUGUUCAAUGUCGGUUGAUGCUGCUGGACGUGUUGAAAACCAGACGAUCACAGAUGCUACCAGAAGUGAGAGGUCAUCUAGAGUAACAUCUUUUAUUCUCAACAAGUUUGAUCCUUUUCAAUUUCCCAUUGAUGGUUUCUAUGAGCUGCAAGCCAUUGUUAUCAGGACAUUGCAUGAAUCUAGUGAAGUCCAAUUCCGAGUCAAGUUUAAUGAAACUGCAAAAUAUUUGAAGAAAGCUUCAAUUAAAUUGAGCGAUAAAGAUCAAACAAGCUUUGAGGCCAAGAAUAAGCAGCAUAUUCUAACUUCUGAGUAUUUCGGAAAAUUCAGUGGAUUUAUAGAAAGAGCCCUUAAUGUUUAUUCACCUCUGAUGGUUAAAAUGGAGGCCCUUGGCUGGAUCCAAUCAUUUAGCCGGAUAAUUUUAACUCUGAAAGAGGAAGAUCAGCUGAUGAGGUAUUUUGAUGAACCAUAUCAAAAUGCCACUAUUGGUACAAACUUACUCUUUUGUAUUCUAGAUGCAGCAUUUACUAGGGAACUGAAGGUGAGAUCUCAUAUUGCUCCUGUCUUGGAACUCCUCCUGCAUGCUGGGCUUAUUCAUUCUAAACACUUUUCCGUUGUCUCAGAAGUUGUCCUCUGCAAACUUAGUGAUCCAGACGUGACCAUAAAAAAUGCAUUUUUGCGACUGAUUUCUAUUGCAGUACCUGUUUUUAUUUACAUGCAUGGUAUUACUGAGAGUGGUUAUUUCUGCAAGUUUAAGCCUUCCACUAAACCAUAUAGGCACUACUUGAACUGGAGGGAAGAUCUUGCGCUAAAGCAGAUGCCUCAGAAGCUUCAUUCUCAGCAGUUUGUUUCUGUUUUGAGUUACAUUUCACAAAGAUGGAAAAUGCCUCUGUCUUCUUGGAUACAGCGGUUAGUCUUCAGCUGCCGUGGAAGGAAUGAUGGAUUUUCUAAUCAAGAAGAAGUAGUUGGAGACCUAGUUUCCAGUGAUCUUUAUAAAGAUGUCAAGUCAGAAGGAUCAAUUCUUCAGAAGCUAUGUCCAGUAAACAGUCUGGCUGCCAUUUGGUGGGGCAUAAAUGAAGCUGCGAGGUAUUGUAUUAAUCUUCGUCUUCGUACCAACCUUGGUGGUCCUACACAGACAUUUGCUGCACUGGAGCGAAUGCUUUUGGACAUACCGAAUAUAUUGCAGCUUGAUUUUGAGCAGAGUGAAGGCCAUUAUUUGGGCUCAUCUAAUUUUCACUUGCUACCAAUGAGACUACUACUAGCUUUUGUUGAGGCCCUUAAGAAAAAUGCAUACAAUGCUUAUGAAGGUUCUGCUGUUUUACCGCAUGUAACCCGACAAAGUUCCUUCUUUUUUCGAGCAAACAAAAAGGUUUGCGAGGAAUGGUUUUCUCGAAUCUGCGAGCCAAUGUUGAUUGCUGGUCAGGUGCUUAAUUGUCACGACGCAACAUUUUAUUACUGCUCAUUAAGACUGCAGGAUCUUAAGAAUCUGGAAGCAUCUACGUUCCGGGACAAUACUCAGGAGAUACCAGAAACUUUUCAGAGCCUGCGAGGCAGAUUUGCAGGAGAUAUACUGAAGGUUCUGCAAUAUGCAUCAUUGGCUCUAUGUAAGAGUCAUGAGCCUGAGACUUUGGUUGGUCUGCAGAAAUGGGUUGGGAUGUCAUUCCCUUCACUGUUUACAGAUGAUUAUCAUCUUAGCACUAGUAUGAAUGAAAAUGAUAUGCAUUUACUUUGGAUGAUGGGUCUCAUCUAUCAGGCACAGGGCCAGUAUGAGAAGGCUGCUGCACACUUCUCUCACUUGCUACAAUCUGAGGAAGCACUUAGUUCAAUGGGUUCUGAUGAAAUCCAGUUCAUCAUCGCUCGUGUGAUUGAGAGCUAUACAUCCCUAUCUGAUUGGAAGUCCCUAGAAAACUGGCUUUUAGAGCUACAAAGACUCCGUUCUAUGCAUGCUGGCAAACCGUAUGCAGGAGCUCUUACGGCUGCAGGAAAUGAAAUGAAUGCAAUCCAUGCCUUAGCUCGAUUUGAUGCAGGCGAUGUCCAAGCGGCAUUGGGCUAUCUUGACUUGACACCUAAAAGCAGCUCUCAGCUUUCCCUUAAUCCUAAUAUAGCAUUAGAGAGGAGCGAACAAAUGCUUUUACGGUCGAUGCUUCAAAUGGAAGGUGGCACAAAUAAGGUGCAUGACGGCCUUGAUAAGGCCAAGCUGAUGCUAGAUGAAGCCUUAUCUUGUAUUCCACUUGAUGGAAUAACUGAGGCAGCUGCCUUUGCUGUUCAGCUUCAUUGUGUCCUUGCAUUGGAAGAAAGUAAGAUGUCAAGUGGUCAACAACUACCAUCAUUAUUGGGCUCAUUAUGUCAAUUGCUGCAUUCUCCAAUCAGUAGAAUGCAUCAAGACAGCAGCUUGUGGAUGAAAAUUUUUCGGACGUAUCGAACAAUAAUGCCUACUUCUUAUGUUACAAUGCUUCUCGGUCAAAGAAUGCUUAGUUUGGCUCGGAAACAGAGCAACUUCAUGUUGGCUGACCGUAUGAACAAAUACUUAAAAGAACAUCCUUUGUAUGAGCAUAAGCAUGCUGAGUUUCUUGAUGUGAAUCUACAGUAUGAAGGAAUCCUACUUAAGUAUGCAGCAGGAAAGCCUGAGGAAGCUUUACUUGAUCUUUGGUCAUUUAUACAUGAUGAUUUUCGGUCGAAUACUACGUUUGGCUUCGUGAACAUUUCCAAUACGAAGGCCAGGGCAUGCUUGAAACUUUCUUCUUGGAUGAGCCAAGAGAAUUCAAACAUAAAUUUGACAAGUGUUGUUUUUAAAAUUCAUGAAGAUCUCACUUUGUGUGAAGCAGACGGCAUCUCAAUUCGUAGCAAAGAGGUUUUAUUGUCUGCCAAUAGUAGUCAAACCUCUGACAUGAUGUGGAAUACUGUUGUUGAGGAGAUAAUUGGUUCCACGGUAAAGCUAUCCUGCAAACUUUGCCCAAAAAUGGGAAAGGCAUGGCUUUCUUAUGCUGCUUGGUGUUUUACCCAAGCCACAAACUCUCUUUCUGGGACCGUCUCUUCUUAUAAGUCAUGCUCCUUAUCUUCAAUCCUCGGUGAAGCAACUUCACCAGUCAUAUUUCAGCUAAAUAAAGAUGAGAAGUCUAAGGUAAAAUCUAUUAUUACAGAUAUUUAUCAUCGUAGAAGUCAUGUGGCAGCCAGAAGUGACCAAGAAAGCAGACAUUUUGACUCCUCUUAUCCUGAACAUCAAGUUUUUAUUGAUUCGUUGGUACAUGAAACAACUUACUUAAUGGAAGCUGCAGCUGGAGCGCCUGGCUUAGAAUCAUUUGAUGGUGAAUGUUCAUCUGUUGUUCUAUUCUCUGAAUUGCAGGCACUUUUUUUUCGUGCAUUUGCAGGUAUGGAGAGGAGUGCCAUGACAACUUAUAUUCAAGAAUUAAUUGAUAUUUGGUGGUCACUGAGACGGAGAAGAGUAUUAUUAUUCGGCAAUGCUGCCCAUGGCUAUUUUCAGUUCCUCUCACUUUCAUCUUCUGCAGCAAAAGAAAACUAUUGUACCGACAUUUAUCCUGACUAUGCCAUCGCAAAAAGUAGGAGCUGCACUCUCCGAGCAAUACUAUAUAUUUUAGUAAUUCUUUUUAAUUAUGGCGUUGAGUUAGAAGAAACUCUUAAUCAUGGCUUUGCAACAGUUUCUCCAUUGCCAUGGCGGGAAAUUACACCCCAGUUGUUUGCUCGGUUAAGUUCGCAUCCUCAACAAGUUGUCAGGAAACAGAUUGAGGGUCUGUUAAUGAUCCUGGCCAAACUAUCUCCUUGGUCUAUAGUUUAUCCUUUGUUGGUUGAUAUCAAUGGUUUUGAAGGUCAGUUCUCCGAGGAGCUUCAGAACAUACAUGCUUAUUUGUUUAAUUUGUACCCAAAGUUAAUGCAAGAUGUUAAGCUUGUCAUUAAUGAACUUGGUAGCAUAACGAUUUUAUGGGAAGAACAGUGGCUGAGUACCCUACAAGAUCUUCGUACAGAUGUUGUAAGGCGUAUCAACAUGCUAAAAGAGGAAGCUGCACGAAUUGCCAAAAAUAUGAGCCUUAGUCAUGCUGAGAAGAAUAAAAUAAAUGCAGCAAAAUAUUCAGCAAUGAUGGCUCCGAUUGUUGUGGCCUUGGAACGACGUCUGGCAUCUACUUCUCGUGAAGCAGAGACUGUUCAUGAACAAUGGUUUCAGAAAGAGUAUGGUAAACAGCUAAAAUCUACUAUCUUAUCCUUUAAAAUCCCCCCGUCAUCAGCAUCAGCACUAGGUGAUGUGUGGCGAGCUUUUGAUGCAAUUGCAGCAGCUUUAGCAAUCCAUCAGAGAAAAUCACAAUUCUAUCUAAGCGAGAUGGCUCCAAAGUUGGGAUUGCUUACAUCUUCUGAUGUCCCAAUGCCUGGUUUUGAGAGAGAAAUUUCACUUCUUGAGGCCGGUGGAAGUACAGCUUCUGUGCAGGGGCUUGUUACAAUUUCUUCCUUCAAUGAAGAAGUAGAAGUUUUAUCAACAAAAACAAGGCCCAAAAAGCUUGUUUUACUAGGAUCAGAUGGUCAGAAGUAUACCUAUCUUCUUAAAGGGCGAGAAGAUUUACGCCUUGAUGCUCGAAUCAUGCAACUAUUACAGGCAAUCAAUGGUUUCCUUGCUUCAUCUUCUGAAAAUCUUGGUAAAUCUCUAGGAGUACGUUGUUACUCUGUCACUCCAAUCAAUGGCCAAGCUGGACUUAUCCAGUGGGUAGACAACAUGACUAGCAUUUAUAGUGUUUACAAGUCCUGGCAAAACCAUAACCAGGUGGCUCAGUUUUCUGUAACUGGCGCAAUCAAUCCUAGUAAUCCUGUUCCACCAGUUCCACGGCCCAGUGAUAUGUUCUAUGGGAAAAUCAUACCCGCACUUAAGGAGAAGGGUAUUCGAAGAGUGAUUUCUAGAAGUGAUUGGCCGCAAGAAGUUAAAAGAAAGGUACUCCUGGAUCUUAUGCAAGAAACCCCAAAACUUCUUCUUUGGCAGGAAAUGUGGUGUAGUAGUGAAGGAUUCAAAGCUUUUCAUUUGAAGACCAGGAGGUUUUCUGGCACUGUAGCAGUUAUGAGCAUUGUUGGCCAUGUUAUUGGCCUUGGGGAUCGUCAUCUUGAUAACAUUCUCAUGGAUUUCAUCACUGGUGAAGCUGUGCAUAUUGAUUACAAUGUAUGCUUUGAUAAAGGGAGGAGGUUGAAGAUUCCUGAAAUAGUGCCUUUUCGUCUUACUCAGACGAUUGAGGCUGCACUCGGACUAACGGGAACUGAAGGCACUUUCAGAGCCAAUUGUGAAACAAUUAUAAAAGUGCUCCGUGAGAACAAAGACAUCAUCUUAAUGUUAUUGGAAUUAUUUGUAUGGGAUCCGUUGUUGGAGUGGACAAGAGAAGAUAAGCUUGAUGAAGCUGUGAUUGGCGGUGAAGAAAAGAAAGGCAUGGAGCUGGCUGUUAGUCUUAGUCUUUUUGCCUCUAGAUAUCAGGAGAAUCGUGCACCUUUGCAGGAGCAUCAUGAUCUUCUGGUUUCUACCUUGCCAGCUGCUGAAGCUGCUCUUAAGAGAUUCUUGGAUUUGCUAAAUCAAUAUGAAAUCAUGUCCGCCGUCUUUUAUCAUGCUGAUAAAGACAGAUCCAGCCUUAUGCAGCAUGAGACAACAGCGAAGUCCUUUGCAGUUGAGGCUACUACAGUCUUAGAGAAAUCUAGAGCAUACUUUGAAGCUCAAGCCCAUGAGUUCGCACAGGCAAAGUCUUUGGCGACUGAAAAAGCUCUAGAAGCAGCUGCUUGGGUGGAAGAACAUGGAAGUGUUCUUAAUGCGCUAUGCAGUGGCUCUUUUCCUAAUCCCCAAGCCUGCAUUAAGCUGCGCCACUUGGAAGAGGCUCUGUCUCUCACAGCUGCUGUUCUGGUUUCAGGAGUUCCUUUGACUGUCGUCCCAGAGCCCACUCAAGCACAAUGCUAUGACUUAGAUAGGGAAAUUUCGAGUAUCAUUGCCGAGUUGGAUGAUGGGAUUUCUCGUGGAAUUGAGGCAUUGCAUGAGUAUGCCUUCGCUUUGCAAAGUUUUCUCCCAUUCAAUUAUGUUACCACCAGCCCGGUGAACAGUUGGGCUCAAGUUCUGCAGCUCUCAGUGAAUAACCUAUCUGCUGAGGUUCUCUCCCUCGCCGUAAGGCAAGCUGCUGAUAUUAUGGCAAAAGCCCAAGGGAUUGGUCUUGAUUCAAUUCAAAAGAGGCAUCAGGAUCUCUUUGGCAGUAUGGAAAGAUAUGCCAUGGAAAUCGAAACACUUGAUAAAGAGUGUUCUGAACUGAUGAACUCUCUUGGUUCAGAUACAGAGCGGUUGUUAUCUGCCUUUUUGAAGCAUUUGCAGUCUGCUUGGUAUAGUAUUAGAGAAGAUGAUUUUCCUUUUAAUCAUCUAGGAAAGCAGAAGCUUGAUGGCUCUAGGGAUCUUGAUGUGAAGAAAGAGAAGGUCCUAUGUAUUUUGAACAUUGCUAUCAAUGAACUGUACAUGGAUGUUAAAGAGAAUUUGAUCUCCAUAUCCAAGGUCUCCAGCAGAAAAAUUAGCUGGAGAACAGAUGAUGCUCCAGAGAAUGAUUUUGACAUUGUCUCUCAUGAGCUUGAAGAGCAGAUUGAGAAGUGUGUACUGCUUGCUGGAUUUGCGGUAGAUAUUCAAGAAUUUAUUGGUAUAGAUUUUGUUACGUAUUGUGCUGAUAAUGAUAAGCUUGAGCACAAUUGGGCCUCUACAUUUCAGGCCAUUUUGCGUUCCAUUAAGCAUCUGACUGAAAAAAUUACGGGAUCUGUUCUCCCUGAAAUAAUUCAUACACUUGUCUCUUCCAAUGCAGAAGUAAUGGAUGCUUUUGGAUCCCUUUCUCAUGUUCGAGGUUCCAUUGAUACUGCUCUAGAAAAGCUUGUUGAGGUGGAGUUAGAUAGAGCGUCUUUGUUGGAGCUUGAGAAAAAUUAUUUCAUGAAGGUUGGUCUCAUCACAGAGAAGCAGCUUUCCCUUGAAGAAGCCGCUUCUGAUGGUCGUGAUCAUUUGUCCUGGGAGGAGAACGAAGAGUUAGCAAACCAAGGGGAGGCAUGUCGUGCUCAGCUUGACAAACUCCAUCAGGCAUGGAAUGAGAAAGAUGUGCGGGUAACUUCUCUGUCAAGGAUGGAGGCUAAUAUUAGUAAUUCAUUAUCUGCUCUAGAGGUAUACUUCUCGUCCUUGAUAAGUUUAGAAGAUGGAGAAUCGAACGCAAAAGAAAGCAAGUCCCUCCUAUCUGCACUGGUAAAGCCGUUUUCAGAGCUGGAAUCUCUCGACCAUAUGCUAUCAUCAUAUACUAUUUCUGAAUCUAUUGGAUCUUCAGAUACUCUAUCAAAAUUUUUGACCGGUUUUCCACUCUUUAACUCAAUCUGGAGGUUCUCUUACAUUUUAAAAAACCAUUCAUUUUUUGUCUGGAAAAUAGGCGUUGUAGAUUCCAUGCUUGAUUCUUGCAUGCAUGAGUUAUCAUCUUCUGUUGAUCAUAAUAUCAGGCUUGAUCAGCUAUGUGAUGUUCUCAAAGAUAAGCUUGGGCUGCAUCUGCAAGAACAACUUGGGCAAUAUCUGAAAGAGAGGGUAGCCCCUGCUUUUUUGGCACGGUUAGAAAGAGAAAAUGAGAAUCUCCAUCAAAAGACUGAAGAAAUAAAGAACUUCAUUGCUGAGAAGAAUGCAAAAGACUGUUCUGAAGCUGUGAGAAGGGUAAAGCUUAUGCUUGAAGAAUAUUGCAACGCACAUGAGACUGCAAGGGCUGCAAAUUCAGCAGUUUAUUCUAUGAAAAGACGCGUCGAUCAACUCACAGAGGCACUUCACAAGACCACAUUGGAAAUUAUUCAGUUGGAAUGGUUGCAUGAUCAAACGUUGCCACAAUUACUAAAAAACAAGGUUUUCUUGCAAAAUACUUUAAAUAAUAAUAAACUCCUGCAGAUUAGCAGGGGAAAAUUGUUGGAGAAGAUGCGGUCUUCAAUCUCCUCAGUGGCAAGAUCAUUGGAGAGUUUGAAAGCUCUUGAGAGUACUUCUAUCUCGGCUGAAGGACAGCUAGAAAGGGCUAUGGUAUGGGCUUGUGCGGGCUCAAAUACUGCUGGCACUGGCAGUUCUUCAACUAAGUGUUCUGGUAUUCCUUCUGAAUUUCAUGAUCAUCUAUUAAGGAGGAGAAAGUUGCUGUGGACUGCUCACGAACAUGCAUCUGAUGUCCGCAAAAUAUGCACAUAUGUGGUCGAGCUUGAAGCAUCGAGAGAUGGUCUUUCCUGGAUACAUGGAGGUAAAUUCUUUGGUCAGACUACAGGCGACUCCCGAACAUGGCAACAAACUUACUUCACUGCUGUGACAAAAUUAGAUUCUGCAUAUCACUCUUUUGCACGUGCUGAAAAAGAAUGGAAGCUGUCACAGAAUAAGAUGGAAGCUGCUGCCAAGGGUUUGCUUUCUGCUACCAAUGAGCUAUGUAUUGCAUCUGCAAAGGCAAAAUCGUCUUCUGCUGAUCUACAAGACAAUCUCCUGGCCCUGCGGAAUUGUCUUUUUGAUGCUAGCUUGGCCUUGUCUUCUUUUGUUAGUGUUUUAGAAGGGCGCACUGCUUUAACUUCUGAAGGUGGUUCCAUGCUUGAGGAGGUUUUGGCCGUAACUGAGGAUUUACAUGAUGUUUAUAGCUUGGCAAAAAAGGCCUCUGCUGUUCAUAGUUCUCUCUUGAAGGAUCUUGACAAGGCGAACAUGAUUCUUCUGCCACUUGGAGCUUCGUUGUCCUCUGACAUGGCCGCUAUGAAAGAUGUGAUACCCUUUGGAAAAGAAACGGGUAAAGAAAGCAGCAUAGAUGUUCUUUCUAUUCAUGGACAAGCACUGUAUCAAUCCUACCACUUCAGACUUCAGGAGGCUUGUCAAUCUUUGGCAUUCUUGGUACCUUCCAUCACUUGCUCCGUGAAAGAACUGUAUUCCAUGCUGAGCCAGCUUGCACAGGAUGCCGCCACACAUGCAGGCAACCUCCAUAAGGCAUUGGAAGGCCUUGGGGAAAGCCAAGUUGUGAGAUCUCAGGAACUUGUUAUGUCAAGGCCUGAUUUUUCAAAUGGCAUUUAUGCAAGUGAAAAACUUUUCUUUGGGACUGAUGAUGAAAUUCUCCUUGACGAUAACACUACCCAUGAGUUUCCAUCAGAUGAUCAAGGAUGGAUUUAUCCUCCAGAUUGCUCUUAUACAAGUAGCAAAGAUUUCAGCAUUUCUUCAAAUGAUGGUAAAGAGAACUCCUGUGAUCUGGAAGAAUUAUGCUCUGCUACUACUUCGGGUGAGAGCAACAAUAGCAGGAAAGAGAGCGUCUCUGAUGUAAAAUCAGAGUCAGGAAGCAUUAAUAUUGAGGUUAAUUCUAGUUAUUCUACUACGCCGGUGCCCAAUAAUGAAAGUAUAAAAUCUGUAGUGGGCAGUGCUUGUCUUGCUUCAAACAUGGGCGAGGGAAUGGCUGAUGAUAUAAAGCCUCAAGGUAUCAGUGACGAUCAAUACCUUUUAUCUCCUUUCAAGGGAGAUGAAGAAAAUCAUGAGGAUUUUAUAUGCUCUAAUUCUUUAGGUCGGGGCAAAAGAGGUAAAAAUGCUUAUGCUGUCUCAGUUUUGAGGCAAAUUGAGCUGAAAAUUGAGGGAAGAGAUAUCAAUGAUGGACGGGUCAUGCCAGUUUCCCAGCAGGUGGAUCAUCUCAUCAGGGAGGCCACAAGCAUAGACAAUUUGUGUAAUAUGUAUGAAGGGUGGACACCUUGGAUAUGAUAAAUCUUUUAUUGUGAUCUGAGGAUAGCAGUGCAAUGCCAUUAUACUCCAUCAAGAUCAUGCAUCUUGCAGAGACUAAACAAGCAAAAUAAAAUCAAAGAUGCAUUUCACAAGAAUUUGCAGGCUUUUGCUAGGUGUUUUUACCUGGGAUCAGAGCCGGCCGAUGCCGAUCCCAGUCGUCCAGCGUCGAAAAUAUAAGAGUACUUUGUGACUUUCAAAUGUCAAGCAAUGAUUUGGAUAAAUUGAGCUUCUGAAUUUGGUUGGAGUUGAUCUGGACUUCAUAGAGAUCACUUGCCUCUGGACUCAGGCAAUGAUUUCGACCGUUAAUUUGAAUCAUUCUUCCAAAGAAAAAGAGUAUGUGUAACAACUCCUCAUAGUCUUCCUUUAACGUUGUGAGUUGCAUCAAUCCACCUGUUAUUAUUAUUUGUUGGAGGGCAAUUACAUACAGACCACCCGAAAGAUUGAUAUUUACAAAUCAACCACCCUCUUUCAUCUAUUUUUCAAAUUGUCACUCAAAUAUUAAUUUAAAACCAUGGUAAAACCCCAACCAACCUACAUUUUUCAGUUUUAUAAAAUUCUCAAUAAUUUCGUAGAGGCACGCUUUAAUGCAUCGGAAAUUUA